GGACGUUCGUCUGCUGCUCGGCUUGCACCGGCUUUCAGCAGACAACCCCUGUCAGCUGCACCCACUUAAGCCACAAUCGAUUAUUGCUCGGCCAACAACAAAGUACAGCACAUACCUCAAGAAAUGACGUUGACAUCGUAAGGGGGAUAGAUGAAGCCAUGCAUACCAGCCUUAUCCACAUUCCAACACACCGUGCAUCAUUCCAACAAACACAUUCCCCCAUGCCAGAAUGGCGCCCCGGGAGGCGAAUAAACCGCCACGGAGACACCAGGACUCAGGAACGCGGCGACACAAGAAACGAAAAUCAAGCCAACGAAAACAUGCUUUGGCAUCCGAAGAAGCAGACUCCCCUCGACGGUCACAUGGGCUCUCAGCCGAUGCUUUGGCAAAAUUAGACCGCGACAACGCAAGACGGAGUACACAAGCGAGGCCUGCGAGGGACCCAGAAAGGAGACCGAAAAGAGCAAACAGAGACGAAUACCGAGAAGCGCGUGCGUCCGGGGAUGCCAGGGACGAGAGACACCGGAAGAAAAGGAAACAGCGGGUUGUUAGCGGCGCAAUACUGGAAGAAGGAAGAGGGACCCGGCUCCGAGGUGGCGCAGUAGGCAGCUAUGACAGCUUGGAGAAGGAACCGUGGCCGGAACCAACAAAGAGCAAAAGGAAGCGGUUAUGGAUCUAUAUCGGAAUCGGCCUCGUAGGCCUGAUUGUCAUCAUCGCGGUGGUGGCCGUCGUUGUCAGCAAGAAGAAGAAGACGUCGGAUAGUUCAGAGGAGAGCUCAGGGCUAGACAAGAUCUCGCCCGAUAGCAUACCGUCAGGCGCACCAUCGUGGCUGGAUCCCUUCAAAUGGCAAGACACGACGGGCUUCAACCUCACCUAUACCACCGAGUCGGUCGGGGACCUGCCGGUCAUGGGCCUAUUCUCAAGCUGGGACGACUCCAAGGCCGCCAAUGGACAUGUACCUGCGUUAAAUCAGAAAUGGGGCUCCUACGCCAACAGGCCGGCAAGAGGGGUGAAUGUCGGUGGCUGGUUGGUUCUGGAACCAUUUAUUUCGCCGUCGCUCUUCAACUACGACCUGAGCGAUGGAAUUAUCGAUGAGUACACAUUGUGCGCACACCUAGGUCCGAGUUGCGCAAGCACAUUGGAACAGCAUUAUUCGACCUUCGUCACGGAACAGACGUUCAAGGAGAUUGCAGAUGCCGGCCUGGAUCACGUCAGGAUACCUUUCUCGUACUGGGCCGUCGAGACGUACGACGGCGACCCUUACCUCUUCCGGACCUCCUGGCGAUAUCUUCUCCGGGGAAUCGAGUGGGCUCGCAAGUACGGCCUUCGCGUCAAUCUCGAUCUGCACGGCCUGCCCGGAAGCCAGAACGGAUGGAACCAUAGCGGUCGCCAGGGACCCAUCGGAUGGCUGAGCGGCACGGAUGGCGAUCUGAACGCGCAGAGGUCGCUGGACAUUCAUGAUCGGCUCUCCAAAUUCUUUGCGCAAGACCGUUACCGGAACAUCAUCAGCCACUACGGCCUCGCGAACGAGCCCAAGAUGACGUUCCUCUCGGCGUCAGCCGUCAUAGACUGGACCACGAAAGCCUACAAGCUGGUCCGCUCCAACGGCAUUAGCGACGCCAUAGUCGUCUUCGGCGACGGGUUCAUGGGCCUGCACAACUGGCAAGGUAAGCUGACGGGGCUCGACAACCUAGCGCUCGACGUGCACCAGUACGUCAUCUUCAACACCAACCAGAUCGUCUUCAACCACACGGCCAAGAUCCAAUACGCCUGCAACGGCUGGACGCAGCAGACGCAGCAGAGCAUGGACCCGGCGACGGGCUUCGGCCCGACGCUGGUGGCCGAGUGGUCGCAGGCCGACACGGACUGCGCGUGGCACCUGACCAACGUCGGGUGGGGCAACCGGUGGACGGGCACGUACCUCACGGGCAACGCGAGCCAGGACGUGACGACGCCGCGCUGCCCGACGACGGACGACCGGUGCGAGUGCUCCGACGCCAACGCCGACCCGGCCGGCUGGAGCGACGCCUACAAGCGGUUCCUGCUCAUGUUCGCCGAGGCGCAGAUGGAGAGCUUCGAGAAGGGCUGGGGGUGGUUCUACUGGGUCUGGGACACCGAGUCGGCGCCGCAGUGGAGCUACAAGAAGGGCUUGGCCGCGGGGAUCCUCCCGGCGAAGGCGUACGACAGGAGCUUCGACUGCUCCGGGGGCAUACCCAGCUUCUCGGACCUGGAGGAGUAUUAUUAGGGAUCGGCGAUGUUGCAUGGCUUGUCGGCGUUAGGGUCCUUUAACGAACGGGUUUGCUUGAUACUUCAUAGAAAGGGAAAGGAAAGGGCGGUA